UUACACCGAAGAAUAAAGCAGCAACAAGAUGUCUGGACGCGGGAAGGGUGUCGGUAAGACCAGGGCGAAGGCGAAGACCAGGUCCUCCCGGGCCGGGCUCCAGUUCCCGGUCGGUCGUGUCCACAGACAUCUGAGGAAGGGGAACUUCGCUCAGCGUGUCGGUGCCGGAGCCCCCGUGUACCUGGCGGCGGUGCUGGAGUACCUGACCGCUGAGAUCCUGGAGCUGGCUGGAAACGCUGCCCGCGACAACAAGAAGACCAGGAUCAUCCCCCGCCAUCUGCAGCUGGCUGUCCGCAACGACGAGGAGCUCAACAAGCUGCUGGGCGGAGUGACCAUCGCUCAGGGCGGCGUGCUGCCCAACAUCCAGGCCGUCCUGCUGCCCAAGAAGACCGAGAAGCCCGCCAAGAAGUAAACAACCGGAAGAAAACACAACUACCCAAACAAACGGUUCUUUUAAGAGCCAAACACACCCAACUAAAGACGGAGCUCCUUUGUUACCAUGGUUACAGUUAGUGACGGUUGGUGACUUAUUUACAAC